AUGGCGGGGAUACUCUCCUGGACUGCUCAGCUCAACCAUUACAUGAUAGGUCUGAGGGUAACUGUGUUACUAACAUCAUCCCUCAUGGUAUUGGGAGCUGGACUGAGAUGUGUUCCAGUUUCAGACCUAGAAAUUAGGAAGAAGCUGAUUCACGGAGGGCAGCUGUUAAAUGGCUUGGCGGGGCCAACUGUGAUGAACGCGGCACCGUUUCUUUCCACGACGUGGUUUUCUCCAGACGAACGUGCCACAGCAACAGCCAUUGCGUCGCUGCUCAAUUACCUGGGCGCUGCUGGCGCGUUUCUAGUGGGACCUCUUGUAGUGCCAUCUCCUAAUGGAACAUCUCACCUCCUGCUGGUAUCGCAGAGCAACACUGAGCACAUCAAGGACCGUAUUGAGGCUGUGCUGUAUGCAGAAUUUGGAAUGGUUUCCCUGAUAUUUUCCGCAGCGUUGGCCUACUUCCCCUCGCGACCUCCAUUCCCUCCCAGCGUGGCUGCAGCGAGUCAACGGCUCAGCUACAGGAGAAGUUUUUGCAGACUCUUAAGCAAUUUCCGAUUCUUGAUGAUUGCUUUAGCCUAUGCUAUACCACUGGGUGUUUUCUCUGGCUGGUCUGGUGUUCUGGAUUUGAUAUUAACGCCAGUUCAUGUAAGCCAAGUAGAUGCAGGCUGGAUUGGAUUUUGGUCUAUAGUUGGAGGUUGUGUUGUUGGCAUAGCAAUGGCAAGAUUUGCAGAUUUUAUCAGGGGCAUGCUGAAGUUUAUACUGCUGCUGCUUUUAUCUGGAGCAACAUUAGCAUCAACCUGGUUCACUCUCACCUGUCUAACUAGUGUCACUCAUCUGCCUUUAACCACAGCAACACUGUACACAUCCUGUAUUUUGUUGGGUAUAUUCCUCAACAGCAGUGUACCAAUAUUCUUUGAGCUCUUUGUGGAGACAGUCUACCCUGUUCCAGAAGGAAUUACCUGUGGAGUUGUCACCUUUUUAAGUAAUGUGUUUAUGGGAGUGCUUUUGUUUUUCCUCACAUUUUACCAUACAGAGUUUUCCUGGUUCAACUGGUGCCUGCCAGGAUCGUGUCUGCUCAGCCUGCUCCUCAUCCUGUGCUUCCGUGAGUCCUACGACAGACUCUAUCUCGAUGUCGUUGUCUCUGUGUGAUAACGCCGGACUGGUGAGGGGUUGGAAGAGACUGGAAGUCAGCUUGGCAGUCUGCUCAUCUUCCUGGAUUUGCACUGCUGAACAGCGGAAAAACAAAGAAAUUACAAGACUGAAUCGUGGCUUUAUUAGAGAGGGUGAGGCACAGGCUGUUCUUACGUUCAAGACCACCUUGAUUUGUGAUAAACAUGGAACUUGAGUGGUAAUAAUGAUGCCAGAAUGCACAAAGAGAAUAUAUCUGAUGUACAGGUCCCAGUGUCAGAGCUGGGGCUCUCUAUUUAAAAGGCUGUUGAUGUAGCAGUGAGCUGUACAGUUGUGUGUGCGUGCGUGUGCAUGCGUGUGUGCCGACCCAAGGUUGUACACACCGGGGUACCAGUAAUCUUUGGAGUCUUCUAUCAGAAUAGAAAUAGUGAAUAAUCUUAACAAAAGGGGGCAAAAAAAAGAUAAAAGGGAAAAAAAAAAUCUUUUUUUUUUUUAAAGACUUUAAGACUUUUAAAUCGCUAGUCAUUUAUAUAAUGAAUGUCCAUUAAACAGUUAAGCUAAAACGUUUUGGUGCUUGUACACUACAUUUACAUUCUAAUAAAGUGAUUUCUGAUAUAAGACACUGGUACCAGGGUUUUUAGCCAUACUAAAUAUCCUAAACAAUCCUUGCAGUGUUGUUGGAGGUGUUUGUUGUCACCCUGGAGCACAGGUAAACGAUAGCUUUAGCUGCCACUGAAACCCAGCUUGCACCCGCAGUCACCUCUGAAAUACCACCAUGGUUCUGUAUCUCCUGAACACGGAGCAUCUGUGGUAUCUCAGAAGUUUCCUGGAGAGUCACUCUUGGUAAAUGUCGCUGUUUUAAAGGCCACCACUGUGUCACUUUUUCAUCCCCCGUCUCCAGUACUGCCUUUUUUACCAUGAAGACCUGUCUGUGCCACUGAAUAACGCGGGUGUGGAUGUCCGAGUCCCACUAAUUCUCUCCUGAUACUCUAAGGUGUGCGUGGUUUUUAGGAUUAGUUUAUGAUUGAGGGUGCCUAGACAAUAUUGUCUGCUAACCCAAGUCUUUAAAAUCACUGUUUCCUAAAAAAAAAAAAAAUCUUUCUAGUUGAUGAGGUGCCCUGAUGGUGAAAUGACAAUGAGUUUGACAAUGAGAAAUAACUCAUGAGUUUUGGCAUAAUACGGGAAAUAUAAUGCCAGCUCUUUUUAUCAGUACUAAUCUGUGGUCGUUCUGGCCCUUACUUGAACAUAAAUAUUAAAGACACUUUGAAUAGUUUUUUUAACUCAAUUUUAAACCUGCUAAUAAUUUCUUAAUUAUAUUCUUAGAUUUCAGUUCAGCAUUAUUUACAGUAUUUCCAUGUGUGUGUUCUGUGUUUUGUGUUAGGGGUGUAUGUUUGUGUGUGUGCGUGCUUAUUUAUAUCUAUGUAUACACAAAUAAAACUUAUAUAUAUAUCUCUUUUAUA